CCCGGGGAUUGAAGGGUCGUGUGAUGCCAACGGCAAACCAUCGAACACUCGACAUCAAGCAGCUUUGGAAGGGUUGCCAAUGGCGUGCCGCGAUCAGGCUCUACAGGCAUAACACUUCUAUCUUCUUACCGGACGCAUAGCACCAGCAGUACCCAACGCUCUAGCUAGCUAGAGAGCAGCUUCUCUCUUGACGGGCACUGAAUCGAAUCCUUACUAGCUGGUUAGAGCUCCGCGUGCAUUACAAAAAGAGGCGCAGCCGAAGAGUGUUCCUUGGGACUGGUCGGUGGCUUCCAGGCAUCGGGUAUUGAAUCCAGUGUGGAACCAAUUGCAAGCAACAAGAAUCGCCAGAUUGGAAUUAAGUCCUCUGUCUCUUGGUGAUACGACAACAAAACAAUCUUUCCGCUGGCUGAGCCGAGUCGGAAUCGGAAGGUCAUCCAACAAAUCCAGGCUAAGCAAGCAGGUCACGCAAAGCACCAAUCCGCAUUGAGCGCUGGUAUCCUGACAUCCAGGCAUUAUCUUGGUUGACAAUCAAUCUUUACAAAGCACCACAUACUACCAUUAUCUGUCGGUAUCUGCGGUUGUACCGUAGUAGUCAACCAAGAUGAGUGGUGCUGACAUCUUUCUACGCAGUGUCUACCAGGAUUGGCCUCCUGAGGCAUGCAAUAUGUACGAGCGCCUCGAAGUUCUGGGCCGUGGGUCUUUUGGUAUUGUAUGGAUGUCCCGGAGGACGACACAGCCAGAGGACAAGUGGGACGACGAGUAUGUGGCCAUAAAGAACAUUGAGGUGCCGGAUCCCAAGGGUGCUUUGUACGCGGAACGUGAGAUCCGGAUUUUGAAGGAACUGAAGCACCCCAACGUUAUUCGCUUUAUUCGAGAGUUUCCGGUGCACGAUCAAAAGUCUCGCAUUGUGGUUUUGCAACUGGCCCGUGGAGUAAAUCUGAAUCAGUUGGUCAUGACUCGGGGAGCUUUGGGUAUGCCACUGGCAAGACACUUGUGUCGUCAAAUGACAGCGGCAGUGUCCUAUCUGCAUGGACGGGCUGUCAUUCAUCGUGACAUCAAGCCAGGAAACUGCAUUUUGGAAAAUUGUCAUCUCGGUCCACACGAGGAAAACGAUUGGGUCGAUGAUGAAAGUAUCUGGAGUGAUGGAGAGGAAUGUGAAAAGGCUGUCAAGGCCAAUAAAUGGAAGCUCAUGCUGAUUGACUUUGGAUUCGCCCGUGCCCUAGAACCGACAGAAGUCUUUAAUCAGCCCCGGAACAUGAGGAACUCCAUCAUGGCAGAAUCCAAAUCCUUUCAUCCCCAACCUCAAAAGCAAAUGUCGGCAGCCGACAUUGCUGCCGCCGUGGCUCUAGAACAUGACUUGUCGGAUUCCGAAGAGGACAGCGAAAAAGAGGACGACAGUGUCGAUGCAGAAGCCAUCGAAGCAGCGGCGGCUGCCAUUGGUGGGGUGGGUGUCCCACUCAUGACACUCGACGAGGACGAGGAAGAUCCUACCGAGGUACCCGAAGAAGAAGAAAAGAAUGGCAGCGGCCGCCCUCCACCACGCAAAUCCAUCAAAGAAAUAGAAAACAACUUUGAGGAUCUGAGGAAGCCCCGUCCCUCCGUCACGGGACAUAUCUCACCCCUCAGACCAGAAGAAGUCAAAGAGGUCGAGAAGAAGUUCCCCCAGUCUUCGCCUCCACCAACCACGAAACCGGGAGGUCGACGAUCCAGCACAGCCCGGACGAAGAUGCGAUCAAUGAGUGCCUUGGGAACCAAAGCAUACGCUGCGCCGGAAAUCAAAAAGAAGUUGCGAAAAAAGACUGCCGAAGAUCAUGGAAAGUCCAAUGCUGCUCUGACAGAAUGUGUGGCUGACUACGGAAUGAUUGUCGAUGCCUACUCGGUGGGCUGGACUAUGCGCGUCAUUCUGACUGGAGUCCCUCCGAACUGCACCAUCUCGCAGUACGUGCGGAAGAUCCAAGAGGAGGAAGACAAGGAGGCCGAUAAGAAUCAAGGUGGUUUGUUCUGCUGCUGUAGUCCACCACCAAUAGAAAAGAAAAAGAUUCGCGUCCGAGAUGCCCAUGACAUUCCCAAGGACGCUACCGUACUGAUUACACAGCUGACAAAGCCAGAUCCUGAAGAACGUAUUACUGUUCGAGAGGCACAAACUCACCCCUGGAUUGCUGGCGGGCAACACGGUGAACCGAAAUGGGAGUUUCCCGUGGGGGAUAUACCUAGUCAACAUGGAGAUCCAGUCAAACCGUUAGCGUGUGCCGAGGAACUCAGCGCUCUUGUGGAAGGAUACCACGAUGAUCGUUGAUCCGGCUGCCGAACGGUAGUGCUGCUCGUCCUAUUUGUGCAAUAGUUUUAAAAGCUCAUUUUUUUGUGCCCAAGGAGUGCUCAUAUUAUAUCUGUACAGAUAGCUAGCUUGCUACCUUGUUCUAGCUUCCAGAUACGUGAUACCUAGAGCCAAACCUUAGCUAAAAAGUAAGUGAAGUCCACAACCCACCUUUUACCUUUUUUGGCUUUUGUAUGAGAUGCAAUCAAGCAAUUCCCCCAGUUCCAGGAGUAUAGCGGUAGCUUUGUUUAGUCAUGAAUCUUACUGGAGUCAUGAACAUAGUCUACACAAGUACCGUACCCGAUACAGUGGUCCCUAAUGUGACUGACCUGAAAAGCGCACCUUUUUCAAUCUCAGGAAAUUCUA